AUGCGGCCGCGCCCAGGGCGGUGGUGGCUGCUGCUCUGGCUGCCGCCCCUGGCCACGCUGCCCGCGGGCGCCAUGUACAGCGAGGAGGCGGCGGCGGCGCUGUCAGUUCAAAGGUGUAAAGCUUUGAAGGAAAUGGAUUUAAUUAAAACUUCUCAGUCAGACUGUUACUGCUACAAUCAGAAUUCCCAAAUGAAGUGGAAAUACAUGUGGUCAACUGUGCAGGUGAAAAUUACCAGUCCAGGCCUGCUCAGUAUUAUAUAUAUAACAGAAAGACAUAAUUGCCAGUAUCCAGAAACCAUUCUAUCUUUUAUCAAAUGUGUGAUUCAUAACUUCUGGACACCAAAGGAGUCUAAUGAAAUAACUAUAAUAAUCAAUCCUUAUGGGGAGACUAUGUGCUUCUCUGUGGAGCCUGUCAAGAAGAUAUUUAGCUAUACAAUAAUCGUGAGUCGAAAUAUCGUGGAUUUCAAACUCUUCCUUGUGUUUGUGGCAGGCAUUUUCCUUUUCUUUUACGCAAAGACCCUGAGUCAAAACCCUAUUUUCUAUUACUCUUCGGGGACCAUGCUAGGUCUUCUAAUGACAUUAGUCUUUGUCCUGCUGUUGGUGAAAAGAUACAUUCCAAAGUAUAGCACCUUUUGGGCUCUAAUGGUUGGUUGUUGGUUUGCUUCAGUGUAUGUUUUGUGCCAGUUGAUGGAAGAGCUGAAGCGGCUGUGGUAUGAAAACAGAAUAUAUAUAUUAGGCUAUGUUCUGAUAGUUGGGUUUCUCAGCUUUGCUGCCUGUUACAAACAUGGGCCCCUUGUGGACGACAAGAGCAGGUGUCUUCUGAUGUGGACGCUGCGGCUCCUCUCCUUGGCCCUGGUCUAUGCUGGUGUGGCCGUGCCUCAGUUUGCCUGUGUGGCCGUGAUCCUCCUCGUGUCCUCCAGGGGCCUGUGCUACCCACUGAAAGCAUUCAGUUAUGUGAGGCGGAAAAUGAAGCAGUGGUUUACAUCACAAAAGCUGGUGGUUACUUACCUUACUGAAGAUGAAUACAGGGAACAGGCUGACGCUGAAACAACCAGUGCUCUGGAGGAAUUGCGCCAAACCUGCCGCAGACCCGACUUCCCGUCAUGGCUGGUCGUCUCCAGACUCCAGACUCCUAAAAAAUUUGCAGAUUUUGUUCUGGGAGGAAGCCACUUGUCACCUGAAGAAAUCAGUUUGCAUGAAGAACAAUAUGGCCUUGGGGGUGCCUUCUUGGAAGAGCAGCUCUUUAACCUGAGGACUGACACUCUACCUGCAAGUUGACUUCAUUGUGGACAAGGAAGUGGGUAAAGGGCAGGGAUCCUAUUAAAGUUGGGCAGAAAUGCUCUUUCUAGUAAACAAUGGCAAAAGCAUUUGCUGUGGAGAAAAAUAAGUCAUGAUGGAAAGGAAAACUAACCUAUAUUGAAAAUAAUUGAUCAUUCUUGGUGAGUUCUGUUACUUUCGUACUAUAGGUGGGCACCAAGAUUCUGUGACAGAGUCAUUACCACUUUCCUUAAUGAAGACUUUGAUUAGGAACAAGGGAAUCCUGUUCUUCAAGGGGCCAGUAAACAUGAACAGGUGCCUUGUCAGCACCAGGGAACGACAUCCUCUCUUAAUCCGCUGAACCUGUGUCAUAAGACUCUGCAUUACUCUUCCUGUAUUUCCUCAACACAGGUGCUUGAGGACACCUGGAGCAUGCUGGACCAGGGUUUUCUGAAGUGUACUCCACAGCAUACCACUAAGUGCUAGUCGGUAAGGGGAUCCUGAGAUUAACUAAGAUUGAUACAAAGUUAAACAAAUUUACUUCAGGACCUCUC